AGGCCGCAAUCAUGCCGCCGCUAUUGGCCUAAAGAGGGUACGGUGUUCCCUGGUCCUAACAACUCAUUCCGUACGUCCCGUAUCCCACCGGCGUCCCGGGCGAAAAUCCCUAAUCCUCCAAGUGGAACACGUCACGAACACCCCUGGAUCGGUGGGUGGGUUAGGGAACUGUAGGUAUUGACGAGCCAGCUUUCUCUGGUUCAAUCUGGGCUGGUUCAGUCAGUCUCCUUUCCCCUGGCCCUAUUCCCCCUGUUCCCCUUUCCCUUGAUUCUGGUCUUACUCUGCGGGUGGGUUGGCCGGUCUCUGCGCUCAUGCCAUAAGGCUGGCCCGUCCUUCGUUGAGAGCUUGGCCGAGAUGGGUGAGUAGGCGCGCGGGAGAAGGGGACAAGCAAGAGGACGCAGUUUGAGGACGGGAACGAGGCGACAGCUCAGUCGGCUUUCCCUAGUUCUCUUGGGGUGAGUUUUCGUUCUGGACGGUGGGUUGAGCUCUGUGGCUCCGUCCAGAUCGUUCUCGUCCCGGCUUUGGCCAUCCACGGUAAUACUUGAUCCAUAUAAGACGUUGCCACCUUGCCCAAUGGGUGUGUCAGCCGCAUUCUGGGCCUGUCUUCUGUGGGUGUUGAGUCAAGAGGUCCGAGGCUUGGGUGAGAUCACGUACGCCGUAAACUGCGGUGGCGAAGCGCACAUCGACGUGUUCGGCAUUCACUACCAGAAGGAUCAGAAUCGCGUGGGCACGGCCUCGGAAUAUGGCAAGCAACUCAUUAUUGCCCGUGUCCCACCCCCAGAUCAGAUUCUCUAUCAGACCGAGCGCUAUCACACCGGCAACUUGGGCUAUGACAUCCCGGUGGAACGGGAUGGUUGGUAUUUGUUGGUGCUCAAGUUCAGCGAGGUCUACUUUCAUGCCCCCAACAUGAAAGUGUUUGACGUGAUUCUCAAUGGUGAUCUGACCAUCGCCACGGAUCUGGAUAUUUAUGAGCGUGUGGGUCGAGGCGUGGCUCAUGACGAGUACAUCGAGUUCGAAGUCAAGCAGGGUCGAAUCCUGUACGAGGGCGAAGAGUCGGAAUUGACCCGUGGUCAAAUGCGCGUCGAGUUCAUCAAGAGCUACCGUGAUAAUCCCAAAGUCAACGCUAUCGUGCUCAUGCGUGGGCGAAUGGAAGAUUGGACGCCAUUGCCUCCAUUAGCGGUGGAUUCGGACGAUGAAGAAUUCACGGAAGAUCCGCUGGAGAGCACUUCUAAGCACAGGAACCCUAGUGGACCCAAGACCAGGGAUCCGUAUGAAAAUUACGACACGACUGCUCUGCUGCCCAUUUUUGUGGCCAUAGGCGCCUUCAUUCCACUCGUUUUCUGCUUGUGCAAGCUCUAAUGAUCUCAAACGAGCAUGUAAUUGUUUCAUCACUCACAACUACCAACAAAGCCAUACCCUUCUCCACUCCCAUUCAUUCAUUCAUUCACCACCCACCUACACACCGAUGCAUCAAGUCAAAGAAAGCAAACUGAACGGCUUUGGCCCGCUCAUUUGGAAGUCUAGUCUAUGCCAGUUCAAUGCCUAUUAUCAUCCUGAUGAUUUAUACACAUUCCCACCAGAACGAUGCCAUAUUUUUUGUUAUCGCACUUAUUUUGCAUUGAAGUCGAUUUUGUUUGCUGUGGUGUGAUUUCUUUUUCACCUCGACUGAAGAACCGUUUCAAUUAUCUUGUUUUCUUCUGUUCUUUUGGAUCUAUGUGACCUUGAAUUGUGAUUGUCCCGCAUUGAUUAGCCCCUUUUUUAUAACUGGAAGCUGGGAAAAAGAGCUCCCGCCCAUUUUGACGAGUAUUGUACUUGUUUCAGUACGAUAAAUGCUCUAGAAAUCUUAAUGUUCCUCUGCAGUCAUAUUAAGGACUCGAGAUAGCCCAUUAAAUUUCAUAUUACCACAAUUGA